UUCACUCAACCCUUCAUAUUCUACAUCCACCAUCACUCAGAACACCGGCUCUCGACUGCCAUAUGCACAUAUCACAGAUCCCUGCGACCAUAAUCCACAGUGCCCACCCCACGUAUGCCAUCAUCAUACUGCUAUCUUUCAGCCCAUUCGGCCCCUCGCAUAACGUCCAUAUCCACUCGAUCUAAGGACGACCGCUUCCUAGCACGACUUGCGCUAUCCCAUAUCUGAUGCUCAGCAUGCUGGUACCCCGGAGUUUCAAACACGUUCAACGUCGACCUUCAGAUCGGGUGCUCAGCGACGAGAAGGGCCCAAUGAAAGCAAACCGUUCAAGAACGCAGUCACCUAAAAAGAUAAUUCCACUAGAUAAGCAGGAUGUCAUGGCCCAACAAGACGAGCGACCACGAACGCCUCCCAUUGCCGUGCCUCAACGGAAACCCUCUAUGCCAUCCAUGGCAGUUCCACAGCGUUCAGGACUUCAUGGACCUGCCACGACUCAAAGCACGAGAAUCAAAGGUCACCACGUUGAUCGACCAUCUACCAUGCCCCGGAACCAUCGAUCAGAUGGUGUCCCUCCUGCUGUUGCAGCCCUUCUCGCCGUCACAUCCAUUCCUCUCCGACCGCAUCGCCCGUCUCGCAAACGUACCACACCUUCCGACCGGAAAAUAUCCAUAGAUGAGCUAGUAGAAGAAUGGAGGAAAGAUAACGAGAAGACACCUUCGUUCAAGAAUGGCUCACCCAUGGAUGUACUGCUAGAAAGAACCGAGGAUGGAGAGAACGACGACAUUCUUAGCCUCGAUUCAGGCAGUGAGAAAGAAUCGCGGACGGUAUCAUCACGAUCCAUUUCUAGCGACUCUUUGAACUCAAUACCUUCUCUGGAUGCAGACACGCAGUCUCUGUCAUCUUGGGGCACCGCGAAUCCCGCAACACCACAGUCUAUGCGUCGAGAGAAGAGCGUAUCAUCACCACCCAAAGAAGACUGCGUACUUGAUCAUCCUCUGUUACACUACAACCUAGACGAAUACUCGGCCACAAUCGAAAUCGACGAGUCCGAGCUCGCGAAUGUAUCACACAAGCCAGUCAAGGCUCGAUCCAGUUUCAAAUCCAACCUAACAGCAUCCUUACAGGCUCUCAAAUCAGCCGCCAAAUCAUUCUCUAACUUCACCGCACCUUCAAUACCACCAGAAGAUCUCCUCACGCGAUCAAUUCUAUACCCUGGCUUCACUUCUGAAAUGCGCCCGAAGCUAUCAGAAGGCGUUCCAACUGCUGCUCUCCGCCGAUAUCUCAAUCCGCUCUCCCCGACCGAGCUCUCAAUGCAAAUACACGAGACAAAUGACCCUUCCAUCUAUGAAGCUCCUAUGAUACAGCUGCAGACCUAUGAUCGUCGAGGCCGCAGUAAAGGUCGCCGACGCGGUACAGUGGAUCCUCGAGCCGAUGCAGGCCGUGCACUAUCCUCCGACCCAACGGUCCGCCAACGUGAACCCCGCGAGAACGGAGAUUUUCUACGUGUCAUCGUACUAGAGAUGAACAUGCGCCGCGAGGGAAAGCUCGAUACCAAAGCUGUUGGCAAAGCUCGCAUCUGGCUCCCACCACGCAAAACCGAAUCUACGGAAACGGUGCAGCUGACGAAAGGUUUCUCCAUACCAUCUAGGUGGGUUGGAGUGGGCAUAGAUGAUGUGUGAGGGUGGAGCAUGCAUCACCGUUUAUGCAACAAAGUUCAUGACACAUGGUAUCCACCGACCUGACAGAGCAAGAAUAGAGCAGCCGAACGCCACAACACGAAUUGCCAGGAAGCGCGCCGCCUGUGUCGCCGCUGAUCUGCAGCUAUUUGAAAAUCCUGUCCCACUGCAACAUUCUCGCCAUCUUUCGGAAGGGUUUCUGUGGGCAUGCCUGAGGUUGAUCGGCUCCACCCGUGCCGUGUUGCCGGGGAUAAAGCAAGUGGUGGCUACUGGUCGAUAUU